CAACCGGUUGUGAAUAUAAAAACUAAGAGGGUUAGAAUGUAAAACCGUUAAAGUAGAAGGUCCAUAUAAAUCAGAAUGAAAGCGUGGGGGCUCUUUUCUACCAAGAACGUAUGUAUAUCCAACUUCCUUUUUGAACUUGCUCCCCCCUUUCUAAAACCCUAACCCUCUUGGCGCUCAUCGCUUCCCGAAAUCUGCCAUACCUUAAUCUUCAGAUCGACGACAAUGUCGAUGUCGAAGGGUUCGAAGAUGCUGCAAUUCAUAAAUUAUCGUAUGCGGGUCACAAUCCAAGACGGCCGUCAGCUAGUUGGUAAGUUCAUGGCCUUCGACCGCCACAUGAAUCUCGUCAUCGGCGAUUGUGAGGAGUUCCGUAAGCUCCCCCCUGCAAAAGGUGCUAAAAAGAAUGAAGAACGCGAGGACAGGCGGACUCUUGGUCUCGUUCUUUUAAGGGGCGAAGAGGUGAUUUCCAUGACUGUUGAAGGCCCUCCGCCUCCUGAUGAGAACCGUGCCAAGGCUGUUGGAGCGGCUGCGUUGGCCGGUCCCGGUCUUGGUCGUGCUGCCGGCCGUGGAAUCCCAACUGCGCCUUUGAUUCAAGCUCAACCGGGUUUAGCUGGACCGGUUAGGGGAAUUGGUGGACCGGCUCCAGGCAUGAUGCAGCCGCAGAUUUCUCGACCUCCUGUUCCGAAUAUGUCUGCUCCGCCGAUGAACUACCCGCAGGCUCCUGUGAUUCGACCUGGACAGAUGCCGUACCCGGGACAGGGUCCUCCGCCUCAGAUGCCACGCGGACCACCUCCACAGAUGCCGCCUCAGUUUGCUCAACGGCCUCCUGGUCAAUAUCAUGUCCCUCCCCCCGGGCAAUAUGGGCAGAGGCCUAUGGCUCCCCCUCCCCAGAUGAUGAGGGGUCCACCACCACCAGGGGGCGCUCCACGUCCCGGUAUGCCUUCUCCUGGUGGGCAGAUUCCUGUAUUUGGGCCUCCUCGUCCUGGUAUGCCUCCUCCGCCAAACUCUCAGCAGCAGCAGCAGCAAUGA